AUGAGGUGUCCAUGGAAGCUCGUGAGUCAGAGUGCAGACCUCGAGGUGAGUGAAGGGGGUUUUGCAGAUUGGUCACCGAGGUUGGUAAAGUGUGGCAGCCUGGAGCAGCCGCCCCCCGCGGUCUCAGCUGCGCAGCGCCUGGCACUCCGCCUCAGGGACACCAGACUGCCGCCGCCACCUGCAGGUGGAGCGCAGGAGGGAGAGGGGUGCGCCAGGUGCGCCGGCGCCCUGGCGCAGCUCCGCCGCCUCCCUUGGGGCGAAAUCUGGGAACUCGUCGAGGAGCUUGACUGCCGGGUCGCUGCCGACUGUAUCGACAACCACUGUGUACCGAGGUUGAACAACAUGAAAUGGAACAUGACAACGCUGCAAACAGAUGAUCUGAGGCAUCAUAUCCUGUCCCAGUCAGUGCAUGGUGUUCGACAAAUCACAAGAGCCACGGUCGGCAUGGUGAAUUGUGAGUGGUGGCGUCCUGUUCAGUUUGUGGAUAAACCUGAACUGCAGGCCCAGGCGGCUAUUUUCCGGGAACGCCUCUCCAGCUACUGGCGGGAAUUGGCGCAGCUGCUCUCACUCGGUGCGACGCACGCCUCACAGCUGUUGCUUCCCCUCGCAUUCGAACGUAUGGGUAACCACGCAAGUGAUCAGCAACUCCACGGUUGGAUUAAGGACAUGGAACGUGUGAAAGACAUGCUGCGCACGAAAUUAACCGGAUGGGUACAGGACUUGCAAUUCGCCAGCAAACAGGUGGAGCACUACGAGGUGGAGGGAGAGAAGGACAGACCAGGGCACUUGAUACUCAGACCAGCGGAGAAAACUGACACAAUAACUGAUGUUGCUGCAUUUACUAGAGAAGGUAUCGAUGGAUACAGAUACUUGUGA